CAUUUGCGUCAUUUCACGCAAUCAGACCCCCACAACCCCGCCCCCCCCACACUCUAACUCCACCAUUCUUCUCUACACUCCCAUUCCUCACUCUCUCUGCUACUUCUUCUCCUAAAACUCCACUCUUGUUUUGUCCUUUUCUUCAUAGCAAAAACAAUUUUUAAUUAAUAAAAUUGAUCAAAACCAAAGGACGAGAAAAAUGGGUUCUCGGGUUCAGUCUCAUCAACUAAGCAAUGGGUUGUUCGUGUCGGGAAGGCCGGAGCAGCUAAAAGAAAGGCAACCGACAAUGUCGUCAAGGGCAGUACCGUACACAGGCGGUGAUGUUAAAAAAUCAGGAGAGCUGGGGAAAAUGUUCGACAUCCCAGUGCUUGAUAAUUCCUCAUCCAGUGGUCCUCCUUCAAAUUCCAACUCAAACCCCAACUCCAAGCAGCAGUCACAACUUCCGCAACCUUCACGUGCUUCCUCUUCUUCUCAGCCCAACAGUGGAUCCAUGCGAUCUGGGUCUAACUCAGGUCCGAUCAGGAAAUCCUCCGGGCCCAUGCCGCUUCAACCCACUGGGCUCAUCACUUCAAGUCCCCUUAGCUCCGGUCCCAGGAGGUCGGGGCAGCUCGGCCAGGCCGAGCAAGCGAGUUCUGUUCCGGGGAAAGCGGGGUACGGGCCGGCGGUGACGAGUCUCGGGGAACGGGUGAGGUUUGGAUUUAGGGUGUCCAAGGCAGUCGUUUGGGUGGUGAUGGUCGUGGUAGCGAUGGGGUUGUUGGUGGGGGCGUUUCUGAUGGUGGCCGUGAAGAAGGUGGUGGUUCUUGGGGCGGUGGGUGCGGUGGCGGUGCCCAUGGGUUUGGGAUUAGCUUGGAAUUGCAUUUGGGGAAGGAAAGGCUUGUUGGGGUUUGUGGGGAGGUACCCAGAUGCUGAGCUUAGAGGUGCCGUUGAUGGCCAAUAUGUGAAAGUUACAGGGGUUGUCACCUGUGGCAGCAUUCCUUUAGAGUCAUCUUACCAGAGAAUGCCCAGAUGUGUAUAUGUUUCCACAGAAUUAUACGAGUAUAAAGGAUGGGGUGGAAAAUCUGCAAACCCUAAACAUCGUUGCUUUUCCUGGGGAUGUAGACAUUCUGAGAAAUAUGUUGCCGAUUUCUAUAUAUCAGACUUCCAAUCCGGAUUGAGAGCAUUAGUCAAAGCAGGCUAUGGAGCUAAGGUUGCUCCAUUUGUCAAACCAGCUGCUGUAGUUGAUAUAACAAAGGAAAACAGAGACUUAUCUCCAAGCUUUUUACGCUGGCUAGCAGAGCGCAAUCUCUCUAGUGAUGACCGUAUAAUGCGCCUAAAGGAGGGUUGCAUAAAAGAAGGGAACACUGUAAGUGUGAUGGGGGUUGUCCGACGCCAUGAUAAUGUACUCAUGAUUGUUCCACCAUCAGAACCUAUCUCGACAGGCUGUCAAUGGAGCCAGUGCCUCCUCCCAACAUAUGUUGAAGGUCUUAUUUUGACAUGUGAUGAUAAUCAGAAUGCUGAUGUUGUCCCUGUGUAGAUACGCUGCAUUCCGUAUUAGUCUCUGUUUGCAGCUGGGUGUCACAAGUAAAUAAUGUUAACGAUGGAAAAAGGUCAAAAUAUGAGUGCCAUAUAUCGGUUUUCCUUUCCUGCUAAUCAAGUGCAUACAAAUGGGGUAGAAGACACAUAGCACUUAAAGGAAGACUGAAAUUACAUAAUAAUAAAGGACAAUCUACUCCUAAAUCAGCUUGCCUCAGCAUUCUGAGUUCUAUGAGGGAAGGACUAUCUUUCGAAUGAAGCUAGAACAUGUUGUAUUCUGAAGAUCCAUGAGUUUGAGUUAACGUAUAUAAGAUUCAGGGGAGCCCUAAGGGGUUGAAAAAUGGUUGGUUUCUUUAGACAUGGUAAAACUUAGCCAUGUAUAAAGUAUUUUUUUUUUCCCGAGUUUACAUGUUUUCUAGCUUAUCACGUGCAAUGUUUUAGAUGCUGUUCCAUCUGCUGAUUAAAUAUUUUGUAUAAAGUACUUCCUUCUCUCUU